AUGGAUGAGGGUCUCUGCCACGAGUCUGACAGUAAUGGCCGGAGUCUGGAGAUUUUUUUGAGGGGUCAGAAGCAGCAAAGUGCCAGAAUGUCAGUGUGGCCUCUCGUCGUAGUCCUGGCGUUCACCUCUGCCACUGCUGUUGUGACUCAAGACGGCUAUGAGUGGACCACAUGGUUCAAUGUCGAUCACCCCGGAGGCCGUGGAGACUACGAGCAGCUGCAGGCCAUUCGCUUCUAUUACCGUUCCAAGGUCUGUAACUCUCCGAAGGCUCUUGAAGCCAGGACCACGAACUGGAUUUCAGCCCGUGACACCGGGGAGAAGGUCCACGCUGACCCAACCGUGGGCUUCUGGUGCCUCAAUGACGAACAGGGCCCCAGCCGCAACUGCUCCAACUAUGCAGUCCGGUUCCUCUGUCCCAGAGACAACACUGACAAUGCUGAGGGGUUCUGGGGCCCUUGGUCAGACUGGGGCCCAUGCUCAGCCCUGUGCGGUCAGAUGGGGGUCCAGGUGCGCUCCAGAAACUGCCAAUCCAAGUCUCUACCAUGCAGAGGCUCUCGACUGGAGGGGAAAUCCUGUAAUGGAGCCGACUGCCCAGAAACAGGGUGCUCUCUGAAGUGCUUGAUGGGGAAGGUGAAUGCCGAGUGUGACGCGUGUAUGUGUCAGGAACACAUCGUGCUGGGCUCGGUGCGCAGCUCCGGGGGUCUCACUGCCACCGGGGCGGCGAUCCUGCACGCUGGCAAACUCGUCACUCUCACCGAUCACAACGGACACUUCCGCAUCCCCGGCCUCUGCCCGGACGGCAACACCAGCCUGACGGUAAGCCUGCAGGGCCACGCCUCGCUGGACAUCCGUGUGCCCCGCAGCGCUGAACACACCUCCGUCCUCAGUGUCCACCUGGAAAGAGCAGAGAGGCUGCACGUAUUAGGUAACCCAACGAGCAAGGCCAGGAGAGAGGGACAAACUGCUGCCUUCUGCUGCCGUGUGGCCGGAACACCCCCGCCGGACCAAUACCAAUGGUUCCAUAACGACCGCCUUCUGGGGAAGCACUCCGAUAGCACGCUGGUUAUAAAGGAGCUGCGUGCUGAGCAUGCUGGGGAGUACUACUGCAGAGCCAUCAGUCCAACUGGAGCUAUCAAGACCAACCCAGCUACUCUCACUGUUCUAGGUAAAGAUGAGCCAUCAUGUAAUCCCAAGCCUGAAUCCCACCUCAUCCAACUCCCUCACGACUGCUAUCAAAACAGCACCGACUCCCUCUAUUAUGACGUGGGCAAGUGCCCCACAGCCACGUGUGCUGGCAAGCUGGACAACGGUAUUAGGUGUAAAGACAGUGUGGUUUAUUGCUGUGGGGUGGCAAAGAUGGAGGAGAGGCAGCUAACAUGUCAGGGCUAUCAACUGCCCACCAUGGUUGUGACCAAGUGUGGCUGCCAGAAAUGUGUGGACACCAAGGCCGUCGUGAGAGGCCGAGCCAUUGCUGCAGACACGGGUGAGCCCAUGAGGUUUGGUCAUAUCUACAUGAAUGGAGUCAGAAUUAGCCGCACCGGCUACAAAGGCACCUUCUCCAUUCAGGUUCCCCCGGACACAGAGAGGCUGGUGCUGACUUUUGUGGAUAACAUGCAGAAAUUUGUCAACACAACAAAGGUACUCCCAUUUAACACCAAAGGAGGCGCCGUCUACCAUGACAUCAAACUCCUUAGGAAGAAGGCUCCGGUGACCAUCAGCUCCACAGAAACCAACACUCUUGAGCUUGGGGAAGUAGAGGGUCAGGAGCCAAUGGUUCAAAUCCAGAUUCCUCCCGACUCCUUCUACAAGCAGAACGGAGAGGUCUUUGUGGGUAAUGUCAAAGCUAGUGUGACUUUUCUGGACCCCAGAGAUGUUUCCACAGCUGCAGCGGCUCAAAGUGAUCUCAGCUUUGUGGGAGAAGAGGGCGACACCCUUCCACUGAGGACUUAUGGGAUGUUCUCAGUCGACUUCAGCGGAGAGGAAGACGGAGAACAACUGAACGCUGGUGAGGUGAAGGUUUUCCUGGAUUCUGCCCAGGUAAAGAUGUCCGAGCACCUUGACAAGAUGAAGCUUUGGUCACUGAACCCUGAUACCGGCCUGUGGGAGGAGGAAGGCAGUCUGCAGAUUGAGAAGAAAAAGAGGGGGAAACGAGAGGAGAGGACCUUUCUGAUUGGGAACAUGGAGAUCAGAGAGAGGCGUCUCUUUAACCUGGAUGUCCCUGAAAACCGGAGGUGUUAUGUGAAGGUAAGGGCCUUCCGCAGUGAGCGCUUCAUGCCCAGCGAGCAGGUGGAGGGAGUUGUAGUGAGUCUCAUAAACAUGGAGCCCACCCCCGGCUACUCCUCUAAUCCACGUGCCUGGGGCCGUUUUGAUAGUGUCAUCACAGGCUCUAACGGUGCCUGUCUUCCCGCUUUCUGCGAUGAACAGAAAGCUGACGCUUACUCUGCCUACGUCAUGGCCAACAUGGGAGGAGAAGAGCUGGAAGCAGUCCCCUCCACUCCGAAACUUAAUCCAGGCGUCAUUGGAGUCCCUCAGCCGUAUCUGGGCAAGCUUAAUUACAGACGGUCUGACCACGAAGAUCCCCGAGUCAAGAAGACAGCAUUCAGCAUCAGUGUGGCAAAACCAAGCCCCAACGAAGCAGAGGAGGGAAACGGUCCAGUGUACGCAUUUCAGAAGCUGAAAGAAUGCGAGGAGGCCCCAUUCAGUGCUGCACACUUUCGCUUCUCUAGGGUGGAGGGAGACCGCUACGAUUACAACACUGUGCCGUUCAAUGAAGACGACCCAAUGAGCUGGACAGAGGACUACUUGAGCUGGUGGCCCAAGCCGAUGGAAUACCGCGCCUGCUACAUCAAAGUCAAAAUCAGCAGCCCCCACGAGAUCAACGUGCGGUCCCGAAAUAUGGGCGGUACCCACCCCAAGACCGUGGGUCAACUGUAUGGCCUCCGUGACAUCCGCAGCAUCCGCGACAUGGACCAGAACACCAUGUCAGCCGUGUGCCUCGAGUUCAAGUGCAGCGGCAUGCUGUACGAUCAGGACCGAGUAGACCGCACCCUCGUGAAGGUGAUCCCCCAGGGAAGCUGCAAAAGGGACAACGUCAAUCCCUUGCUUCAGGAAUACCUGGUCAACCAUCUGCCCCUGGCCGUAAACAACGACACCAAUGAGUUCACCAUGUUGGCGCCCCUUGAUCCUCUGGGCCACAACUAUGGCAUUUACACGGUGACGGACCAAGACCCCCGCACGGCCAAAGAGAUCGCCCUGGGGCGCUGCUUCGACGGCACCUCCGACAGUACAUCUCGUGUCAUGAAGAGCAACGAGGGCGUGGCGCUGAGCUUCACAUGUGUGGAUCGGGAGGCGACACGGCAGAGUGUGUUCCAGGCGUUGCAGAACCCCCAGGGUCAGUCCGUAGCCAGCGUGGUGAGAGGAGAAAGCAGGCCGGGCCGUCGUCGCCAGGGGGCCGGAGGGGCCAAUGCACUUCGCAACAGCCGUCGGCGCAGCACGAGAAAUCCUACGGGGAGACGCACGAAAACCUCAAGUUAAGACAGUGAAGCAACGCUGCGCUGCACAUUUUGACCCAAAUCGAAUCUCUCCGUAACACCAGAGCGGAUCCUGUUCGCUUCGAUUCCGAACCCAUAUUAUUUUAUUACAUAGUCCUGAUUUUUUUUGUUUGGUCCAAUUAAAGUUAACAUUCUGAGA